GUGAUAACUUUACUGUUGUAUUUCCUCUUUCAGGUCCUCUUUCACAAAAACUGAGAAUUAAACUUGCUUGAAGAAAGUGGUUCAGUCACCAUGACUCUUGGCCCAGCAAAAUGUCAUCAGAACAACACCCUUCAGGUGCAUCGUAGAAGUCCUUUCGCUCACAGCGUACCGGACUUGCGACAACUUUAUCGGUCACCUACACCGGCGUCAGCUUCAUCUAGGUCGUCAAGGAGAUCGAGUAAGGACAGGGUGAAGUCAGCCCGUAUAGCCCUGAAGAAAGGGAGAGGUAUAAGAACUGAGCGCCGAGGUCCUUGCCAGUCUCGAAUUACGGCCCAGUCAGGCUUUUCUCCUGCUCGAAGCCGAAAGUCAUCUGCGUGGGUAGAAUGUGAUAUAGAUCCGUGGACACAGUUCAGACCACAGACCUAUACUAUCCCCAAUCAACUCAUCGAACGACUUAGCCGGUCCAUGGAACAAGACAAGGUCAUUGACUGCUACCGUUGUCGCAACUUUAGUGUCACCCAAAAGGGGGUGAUGAAUCUGGGUGAUUUGGUACGGUACAGAUCGAGGUCAAAUGUCAGUGAAGCUUCCAUUUUCGUCGACGACGUUCGAAAUCAGACUUUCUCGGUCGGUGCUAACUCACAGCAUCGCACGACAAAUCUAUCCGACCGUUACAGUGUAAAACUGCUCGGUGUAGAGAACGUGGGCAAGUCUCGUUUAAUUUCCCAAUUUAUGACAUCAGAGUUCCUCACGCCGAACGAUGAUCCCAUCACUAUAACUGGUGCUCAUCAAGAACAGAGUGUAUCUAUCUUGCUUGAUGGAGAAGAAACAGAGCUUCAGUUUGAGCAGAAGAAUAACCCUCAGACAUGGCAGUUUGACGAGGACAUCUUCACAACAACCCAAGCUUUCGUUGUAGUAUACUCAGUAACCGACAGGCGGAGCUUCCAGGCAGCAGCAAGAAUAAUUACAUCCCUGCGAUACUUUUGUAGCAAGCAGUCCGAACAAUGCAGGGGAAAAAGCUUAACUCAGAAAGCUAUCAUUCUGGUCGCAAACAAAGCAGAUCUUGCACGUUGUAGAGUUGUAUCAAAAGACGAUGGUCGUAAUUUGGCACGAAAACUCGACGCGAAGUUCAUCGAGACUUCAGCUGCAGUAAAUCACAACGUGGACGAACUUCUAGUGGGCAUCGUCAAUCAGAUUCGACUGAGAAUGAGAUUAAAUAAUGACCCUAGUGACGCUUGCAGGCCAAAAAGAGUGGGUGGAAAGGCUCGAGGUUUGAUGAGUAAAUUGUUCCACAGAUGUGAACUAAAGGCUAGAUCUUGUGAUAAUCUCAAUACUAUUUAAAACUGGUGUUUGAUGCUGCUUUGUCACAGAUAUUUCACUGAACAAUUUCCAAACGAGUUCGUUACUCUCGAGUAUCAUGAAGCUAUGUUGACUGGAGAACAAUUUCCAAACGAGUUAGUUACUCUCGAGUAUCAUGAAACUAUGUUGACUGGAGAACAAUUACUAAACGAGUUAGUUACCCUCGAGUACCAUGGAGCUAUGUUGACUGGAGAACAAUUUCCAAACGAGUUAGUUACCCUCGAGUAUCAUGAAGCAAUGUUGACCGGAGAACAAUUACUAAACGAGUUAGUUACCCUCGAGUACCAUGAAGCUAUGUUGACUGGGGAACAAUUUCUAAACGAGUUAGUUACUCUCGAGUACCGUGAAGCUAUGUUGACUAGUAGUUUCCUGACAAUGUUGCUCUUAAUUCAAAAGAUAUUAAAUGUUAAAAAGAAACACAAAGUCAACAAACUGAAGUAACAAACAGCAAUGAACAGAAUUCGAUCAUUAUUCAUCAGUACUCUGUGAAAGGAUGAGAACUAAAUAGUGUUAUAAUGAUUGCUGUUUGUAAUGCGACGGGUUGCACAUGGUGCACUAUAAAAAGGAAUUUUUUUGUAAUGCGACAAAUUGCACAUGGUGCACUAUAAAAAGAAAGUUUUUUUUUCUACAAUGGAAUGUAUAAUAAAUUUUUUCGUAACGGCAAAUGUAUAUCUACACUGAUCCAGACUCCUUACCCGGUUGCUUUAUUUUUCGUUUUCCCGUUAAUGUGAACGUUAUACAAAAGAAACAAACUGAUAUCUGUGGAAAUAGGAUCCAAACAGUCAUACAUGUUUCGAUUGUUUUUUAUAAUCUAUUUGUAUUGUAUUGUUAGUCAUCAUACUUCUGUGAACACUCUCUAAAUAUAUAAGUUCAUUCCCUUCACCAACUUUCCAGUUUAAACGUGUUUCUAUGGCUUUGUUACAACUUUAUUAAUUGUAUCAGAUCUUAGCAUAUCUAACUCUCUUCUGAGGUAAGAGUGUUAAAACUUGGGAAACACCGCUGGCCGUUCUUUCUAUAUGUAGUUAGUUAUACUUAUAUGCUUUAUUCUUUGAAAUAACUGCGUAACUUCAGUAAAUAUAUUGUUCCGGAAAACUCAUAUUUAGGAAGGAUUUCACACCUUCCACCUACUGAAAUUAAAUACACCAUUAUUUGUUAAUGACGUUCUAGCUAAAUUGAGAAAUUUAAAAAUAUUUGCUUUGGAAAAUCAUUCAGCUAAAAAUUAAUUUAAGACAGAAAGUCCUAGUCAUCUGCUUAACUUGACUGUACCUAUCUCUACUACUGAAAUAUGUUAAUUAAACUAGUGUGUUACUAAGACAAUGAAAAUUAAAAUACUUAGACACCACUGUCAAUGUCUUAUAUCAUAAUUACAAGUAAAGAUGUGAGUUUUAGAAACUUACUUGGUUUAUAUAUAUAUUUAUUUAAAAGGCUACUGUCUACAUUUUUAUGAAAUAAACGUUUGUGAAUUGCUCAAAAAAUAAGAGACUUAAAACCAAACAUAAUACUACAGAAGUACAUAUAAUAUGUAGGUGUAUUUACAGAAUAUUUUCAGAUAGAUACUCUUUUAAAAUAUUGAAGAAGAACUGUUGUGUAAGUACAUACAGAAUGAGUGGUUUACGAACAGAAUUUGUCAAUAAACUAUUUUGUUGGUUUUCUUUAUGAUGCUAAAAGCAUAUCAUGUAAUUAUUUGUUAAUUACGUGUUAAAUUACCAAGACUGGUUCUUGUGCACGCUUGGAAUGCAUCAAUUUGUACAAUAAACAAGGAACUUU